AUGUCUGGUGUAACUCUUGCGGUGGCUCCUAGGAGCGACCCGGAUCGAUCCGUCGCGCCGGGAUGCGAAAAAACCGACCAACAACAAUUUCGCCACCACCUGCAGCAGCAGCAGCAGCAACUAGCGGUGAGCGGUGUGAUGGGGUCGUUGCGUUUGAUCGAACUCCAAUUAGUAGCUUUCAUUAUGGUUUUCUCCGUCAGCGGCCUAGUGCCGCUCCUCGACUUAGUCUUCCCGGCUUUCGUCUCAGCUUACCUCAUCGCCCUUUCGCGCCUCGCUUUCCCGUCGCUCGGCCGAGUAUCAGUCGACGGGUCGCAAGAGAUUUUCAAUGGAAGCAAAAUGUUUAAGCUUUAUGUGAUCCUGGGAACCACCAUAGGCCUUCUGUUGCCGUUGGCCUACGUGUUGGGUGGGUUUGCGAGGGCCGACGAGAACGCCGUUCGAUCGGCGACGCCUCACUUGUUCUUGCUUUCGUUUCAAAUACUAACGGAAAAUGUAAUAAGUGGGCUGUCGUUGUUUUCACCGCCGGUGAGAGCACUGGUCCCAUUGAUGUAUACUGGUAGGAGAAUCUUUGUUUUACUUGACUGGGUGCAGGAUGCUUGGCUCAACAAAACCCUGCCUAAGAAUGCACCAUCCAAGGAUGUUGCAUGGGAAUGGUUCGGGAAGUGGCUGGCAGCUGCAAACCUAAUGUAUUUCUCCGUCAACAUGCUAUGCUUUUUGAUCCCACAGUUCCUCCCUCGUGCAUUCGAGAGGUAUUUCAGGGACGCCGAUGAGCUUCAUCGGAAUAUGUCGGAGGAUAAGCGUGCCACUGUGCCGACAAACAGGAUUCGACCGACAAUAGAUAGGAAACUGGAUUGA